GACGCGAUGACGCACAAACUUGUACGUAAAGUAGGAAGAAGGAGUAGCCUCUCUCCAACAUGGCGGCGACCAUAGACACCAGCAAUGCCGUUCAGGCGACAAAGAAAAAGCAUCUCGGGAUCCCCGAAGCAUUUUUUGUGGAGGAUGUGGACUCCUUUAUGAAAAAGCCAGGCAAUGAGACGGCAGACGCUGCUCUGAGGAAGCUGGACGAACAGCUCCAGAAAUAUAAAUACAUGGAGCUCAACCUAUCCCAGAAGAAAUUCAGGUUGAAAAGCCAGAUCCCACAAAUCACACAGACGCUAGAAAUCCUGCGACACAUGCAGAAGAAGAAGGACACCACAACGCCCAUGGAGACGCACUUCCUAUUGGCCGACAAUGUUUACUGCAAGGCUUCCGUACCGCCCACCGAUAAAGUGUGCCUAUGGUUAGGGGCUAACGUCAUGUUAGAGUACGACAUCGAUGAAGCCCAGGCUCUGCUGGAGAAGAACCUGUCUACGGCAUCUCGUAACCUCGAGACACUCGAGGAUGAUCUGGACUUCCUGCGAGACCAGUUCACCACCACCGAAGUCAACAUGGCACGAGUUUACAACUGGGACGUGAAGAGAAGGAGCAAAGAAAACCUCCUCAAAUCUGCAGAAAAGUCUUAAUAUCGACAGCAUCCACAUCCCUUCGGCUAACUAUCUUCUACUCGCAUAAAUAAAAAAACAAACCCCGUCCCCUUUCAGUCACAUGUAUGUUCACCCCCAUAGCUCGGCGGAAAAGAGUGCAUAUUUAAAAUAUAAAAGUGGCAGUGUGUUUGAUUUGGAUUCUUAAACCAAGCACACUUCGUUUUAAAGAUGCCCCCUUUAACGUCAAGCUUCCACCUCUACUGUUUUCAGUUGAUUUGUUACUUUUUAAUGUAUUUUUUCAAGUAAAAACUAACAAAAUCAAAGGCAA